AUAGGCAGCAUAGUACUAAAACUUAAUAUAACUCGGACAAUGUGAUGUUUUUAAUCUAUAUUGUAACUUUUGUUUAACUAAAUACUAUAUUAUAAACUGUUUUUUAUCUAUAAACUAUUAUUUAAAACCAUUAUGGUAAAUUGAUAUCAUUACAAAAGUACUAACGUAUUGAUAUGAUAUAAUUCCGAUGUUCAUUAUAGUCGAUGGAGUUCUCACAAUAAGAAUGAAGUUUGUAGGCUUUAAAAUGAUAUUUAUCAUCGCUUUGUCCCUCAUGGGAUCGGUUGUGAAUUCGAAAGAAAGUUCCGAAUUCAAAUUGCCAACUAAUUUUAAGCCCGUUAACUAUCGGCUGGAUGUGACCACGUACUUGGAGGAUAAAUUCAUGUUUGAAGGAAUGGUUGAUAUUCGCAUGUCCUGCAUAGAAGCCACCGACACCAUAGUACUGCAUUCAAACAGGUUGAAGAUCGAUAGCAAAAAUGUCAUUGUGGCCAACAGUGGUGAAAAUAUCAAACUGCCAGUGGGCAGUGUUUCCUUUGACCCGAAGAAAGAUCUUAUGUACGUCAAGUCAACCGUAAACUUUAAGCCCGGUGAUGAAUACGUACUGUCCAUACUAUUCACCGGAAACAUCACUGACAAUUUGGCAGGUUACUACAAAAGCAGUUACGUGGACAAGGAAAGCAAUCAAACGAGAUGGUUAGCUGUAACUCAAUUCGAACCAGCGGACGCACGAAGAGCUUUCCCCUGCUUUGACGAGCCCGCGUACAAAGCGACCUUCCAGAUAAACUUGGGUCAUAAAAAAGAAUUGACUGCCAUUAGUAAUAUGAAAUUCGUUAACCAAACGCCCUGCUCUGCGAAACCAGGUUAUGUUUACGACGUAUUCGAAGAAUCUGUGCCGAUGUCCACUUAUUUAGUGGCAUACAUGGUGUCAGAUUUCGUAUACAUUAAAUCGGAUGGUGGAGAUACCGAAGUGGAGUUCCGUAUAAUCGCCAGGAAGGACGCAGCCAAUCAAACAGAACUUGCUAACAACUUGGGACCUAAGGUCUUGAAAUAUUACGAAGAUUAUUUCGACGAAAAAUUCCCACUGUCCAAACAAGACAUGGUGGCCAUACCAGAUUUUUCAGCCGGUGCUAUGGAGAAUUGGGGUCUCGUCACAUACAGAGAGACCGCAUUGUUAAUUGAUUUGGACGUGGCUACAAUUAAUGACGUACAUGGAGUAGCCGUAACUAUCGCUCACGAACUUGCUCACCAAUGGUUUGGUAAUCUCGUUACCAUGAAAUGGUGGACCGACCUUUGGUUGAAUGAAGGAUUUGCCACUUACGUAUCAGCCCGUGGAGUGGAUUUUUUGUACCCCGAAUGGAACUCUUUCGAAGUCGAAACUGUCCAAAACUUUUUACGCGUUUUGGAUGUUGAUUCGCUUCAAUCGUCACACCCAGUGUCGGUAGCUGUCGGAAAUAUUGAUGAAAUAGCACAGAUUUUCGACACGAUAUCUUACACGAAGGGUUCUAUUUUGUUGCACACGAUGAACACAUUCCUUGGCGAGGAUACGUUCAAACAGGGAAUUCGAAAUUACAUAGACAAACACAAGUUUUCCAACGCCGAACAGGAUGAUUUGUGGAGUUCAUUGACCGAGGAAGCUCACCGCCAAGGAACUUUGGACAAAAAUCUCACCGUGAAACAAAUAAUGGACACAUGGACUUUGCAAACCGGAUAUCCCGUAUUGAAAGUCGUCCGAGACUAUUCCGCGGAUACUGUUACAUUGUCUCAGGAACGGUUCCUGACGAUCAAAUCAAACAGUACAGACAAGAAAAGCUGUUGGUGGAUACCAAUCACUAUGACGACUUCUACUGAGGCUGACUUUAACCAGACAAAAGCAAAAUCGUGGUUGAAUUGCGAAAACAACAACCUCACGUCGCCGUUGGCCAAAGACAACGAAUGGGUCAUCUAUAACAUACAGAUGGCCGGUUUGUUCAGGGUUUUAUACGAUACACAAAACUGGAUGGGUAUCAUUUCUACGUUGAACGAUCCAACCAAUUACAAAACUAUACACACAUUAAACCGAGUACAGUUGAUCGACGAUUUGUUUAGUUUUUCACAGGUUGGUGAUGUAGACUAUGAGACCACUUUUCAACUUUUGAAAUAUCUAAAACACGAAAGCGCGUACGCACCGUGGAAGACUGCGAUAAGUGGUUUGAGAAAGAUAAAUAAAUUCCUGGAAAGGACCCCGAAUGAAGCAGUGUUCCAAAACUACAUGCAACGUAUGUUAUCGUCAGUGUACAGUAAAUUCCAAGACAUGACCGUUGAACUUAAUGGUUUCGAACAAGUACAAUUUAAGAAUCUGAUAACUGCCGAAGCCUGCAGACACCAAAUAAAGGACUGUACCGAACAAGCUCUGAACUUGUUUAGAAAGUGGAUGGAAAUUACCGACCCAGACAAUAAUAAUAUAUUGCCAAGAGAGCUGAAACCCACUAUUUACUGUCAAGCUAUCAAACAUGGAGGUGCAGACGAAUGGAACUUUUUAUGGGAACGCUAUCAGCAUUCAAAUUUGGGAUCUGAAAAAGAAAAUAUCCUCUUAGCAUUAGGAUGUAGUUCGAAAAUUCAGUUACUAAACAGAUACUUGAAUUGGUCGCUUAAAAAUUCAAUUAUUCGCAAACAAGACGCUACCACGGUAUUCAACGCCGUAGCGACCAAUGACAUUGGCUUUAAUGUGGCAAAAGAGUUUUUGUAUAGCAAAAUUGCUGAUAUAUCUGAAUACUUCCAACCUAAAGGAGAUCACGUAGGUCAAUACGUAAAUGUUAUAGGGUCUCAAAUAAAAACUAAAGAAGAGUUAGAUGAGAUUCAAUCAUUUAUUAACACAUCGUCAGGUUAUUUAAAAGGGACUGAUUUGGCUAUCAAUCAGACAAUUGAGACUGCAAAAAUAAACGUUGAAUGGACUUUCAAGUUUUAUGAUAAAAUUGUAAAUUACAUUGCACAAUGAUUACAAUGUUACUAGUUGACCGCUUCGACGAAAAAAGCGAUACAAUAUGAUAUCAAAUACUAAAAAAUUAAACUGUUCACAUUUUUAACAAUAUAUUUUUUUCAUAAUAUGA